AUGACCUCCAUAAACCAUUAUAAUAAAGCCUUGAAGGACAUUGACUCCAAGCUCAUUAGCCUUGGUCACCUUGCUGGUCAACUUGGCGCUUUUGUUGGUGAAAGUGAGAGUGUUAAGAAAGCCAUUGUGAAUGCUAUAAACAUCCUUACUGAACAACAUAAUAAGUGUAAAAACGCCAAAAAUCAUAAUCUAAAUUUUAGUGAUUGUCAAGAUCCUACGAAUUGUCAGAGCAUCACUCAGCAGAUAGAGAAACUUAAGAGCCUUAAAGAAGCAAAUAAAAACAGCCAAAAUAAUCCAAAUGAAUUGCUUAAAAAUCUUUGCGAUGGUCUUCAGACUUUCCUCGGCUUCAACAAAGACUCCAAAGGCUACACUGGAGAGGGGAUUGUGUACUCUGACUUGGAUAGGCUCUGUGAUGCGGUGAUGGGAUUUUUGUAUGAAAUAAUUAGUGAAGUAAAAGAAAAUUCAAACUUAUCACCUUAUAAAAACACAUUAGAAAAAGCAGUAAAUGAAUUAAAUAAAAAUCUUAAUAAAGGCAAAAACGGUUUGCAGGCUGCGAUUGAGCCGGUCAAGCAGGGGAUAAAGGGGUGGUUGGGGGAGGUGAAUGAAAAAAAUAAAAAAGUGAUGAGGCCUUUAGAAAUACUGCAAUCGACAAUAGAUGGCCAUAUGUCGGCCAAUCUCGAUGAAAUGUCCAUCACCGAUCAGUUGAAAAAUUGGCAGGGCAUCGCAGGCAUAUACCUCGGGAACGUUUUGAGUUCAGAGACAGCCUUGGAUGGAAUCGAUAAAAACCUAAGAAACAAAAUAGCAUCUAGAAUAGAGUUAAUUAAGGAGGUUGUUCAAAAUUUCGGCACUUCCGUGGAUGACCCUGCAGUGCAGAAUUCCGUCGAAGCGGUUAAGAAUAAGUUGACGGAGUUGCCGCAGAACGUCAAUAGGGAAAUUGGAUCGCGAAUGCAGGAAUUGCAGAAAUCAUUAAACGAUAAUUUCAGAAACAUCGACGAUCAAAUCAAGAACGUCAGAAAGGAGAAGGACAACCAUAUUGGCAACAUUAAGAGAGCCGUGAACCAGGCGAAGCUGUUAGCGAAGAAUUUGCUAGGUGACGGGGGAAAGGAUUAUGAGAAAACGUAUAAAGAGGUUAUUAUGCAGCAGUUUACUGAUUUAAAAAAGUCGAUUGAGAAAUUCACCGGAACGGAUUCUGGCACUACCGAUCUGCUGAGGAAUUUCGAAAUCGUUCGGAUGAAAGUGGAAGGACUGGAUGAUGAUGUUUAUCGUGGGUUGGAAAAGUUGAAGCAGGGGAUUGAUGAGCUUCACAGUCAAAUAGAUGUUUCUGGUGGUAGUAGUCUCGUCAACGAUCAGCUAGAAGAGCUAGGACGAUCGAAGCAUAAGUUAGACAGCACGGAGAGCGCCAUAACCAAUAUGUCACAAAGCUUAAGCAGUCAAUAUAAUGCCGCCAUUAAGAGUUUUCACAAAGAAUUUGAAUCAUUGUGUCAACACGUUAGUAAACUUAAGACGGAUGAAAUUAAAAGUGGUCUGAGCGCUCUGGCGGAGAGUCUUGAGAGGCCUGUAACUGAUCUGAAGACUGUGCAUACAACGAUCAAGGAGCAAGUUGAUUUGAAGCUUCGAGAUAUUAGAAAAACGUUAGCGGAGCCGAUCCAGGCGGUUAAGAAUGCCAUUAAGACAAACGUAAUAGGUGCAUAUUUUGAGGAUUUAGGAAGCGUCGAUUACACAAAGCUUCGGCAAGGUGAUACCAGUCACUUGGGCCUCAAAGUCGGUUCCAUUUUCAAAGACUGGCUCACUGUGGCCGUUGGAACAUCAUAUGGCACCGCAACUAUGCAGGCAAAUUUAGAGUUCCUGAAAAGAGAACACACCAUCAAAAAAUUACCAACUGGAUCUUCAACCACAGGUUUCAAAGCCAUGAAAGCCGAUGCGGAGGGAAAGAUCGUCGCCGCAGAUGGCGACGUCGAAUCCUUUGCAGACACCGCAGCCCGGGAGGGCACAAAGCGUUAUCAGGAUGCGCUUGAUACUAAAAUCAAUGGUGCUUCGGGAACUGGACACGGUAUUUAUAAACAAUUAUCUGACGUGAUACAGAAACUGAAAACCCCUACCCAAGAGCCUAAUGGCGAUCCUUUCCUUUCAGCGUUCAGCCAGUUUGAAGAGAAAUUAAACCAGUUAUUACUAGCUUCCAAGAACGCUGAACUUACCGAAGCUCAAGUCCAACGUCUCGUCAACGAGCUUACAGUAGCUGUGGGAGAUCUCAAGGGCGCUAUCACCUCUUUUGACGAAGAUGCCCAGAGGGAGAUCAAGAAUGCUGCCAAGACUGCAAUUGAGGGUGUACUUGACAAAUUUGAGAUGGAUUCGAGUAAGAAAAUCAACGUGGCGGAAAUGAUGAAACAGUUUGACGAAUCCAGAAAGGCCCUUGACGAAGCGGUAUAUGCAAUUGACGCAGAACUUAACCAACUGAAAAAACUUCCUACCACAGUUGAUGCUAAGAGUAAAACUGCUGGUCAAGUUAUGGAUCAAUUAAAAAGCAAGAUCCAAAAUAUUCUUAGUAAUGUUGAAGCAAUUCUACCAAAGGUGCAGGCCGCCGAGGAAGCUCUCACCGGGCCAAUCGACACCUUGGAAGCCGCGCUAGUGAGUGCACAGAGCUUUGUCAAAUUAACUCUGCCUGCCCUUGAUAAGCACUUAAAGAAACAAGUUUCGCAAGCAUUUAGUGAGCUAGAGGAAUGCAUCCAACAGAUGUUCAAUGCGCAAAUGAAGGCCGAGGUGAAAGCCCUGCAGGCGUCUGUCUCCGGUCAGAUUCCGAAAAUUCGGAAGACCAUCAACGACGACUUGGUUACUGGGUUGAAAGGGCUCAUAGGUAAGAUGAACGAAAAAAUAGAUCCGCUAAAAAAUAUAGAUAAUUUCAAAACUCUCACCGGACUAUCUACGAAGGCGUAUUUAUUCUUCAAGGAGCUCGUCACUUACUCAAAUGGCGAUUUGAAGAAACUUGACAAAAAAUUCAAUCAACUCGAAAACUUCGAAAAAGACAUCGAAAAAUUCGCAUCGGCACUAAAUCUUUACGCCCACUUCAGCCACCCCGUCUCCCUCCGCCUCGCCACCCUCUCCUCUUCCACCUCCUCCCUCGACCCCCAAGCGCUGCCGGACGCAGGACGGCCCGUGCUCAAGGCGCUGCGGGAUGGGAUGCUGGGAUUCGUGGGAGAGUUGGGGAAGGGGUAUGUGAGUAGGUAUGAUGGAGGUGAAAGUAUUAAAGAGUGGGUUAAAAGAGACGGUGAAAAAGAUGUUUUGACGCCUGAAGGAAAAAUGGCGCUAAGGUGUUUUUGA